CCCAAGUGGCACCUCACAGUUCCCUGUUUUGAGACAAGCUGUAUACCAACUGAGAGAAGACUUCAACCAAGAAAGUAUGUGAGCAGCCAGCAGAGAGGAACGCGGCUGUUCCUAGUUCAUGGCAGAUCUGGAGGGCUGUAAUGGGUGAAGGCUUCCAGGAAGACACAAGCAAUACAGAUGAGCGGGACCUAAGGACUUCUUCGUAUUCAGUGAGUACCAGAUGUGUGAGAGGCCCGCAGCUGUGAGGUCUGGCCUGGCCUGAGAUCAACAGAUCCCCCUCCUGAGCAGUGAGACGCACCCGAACUCCAACACAGUGCUCCCAACCCUGUUGAGUGAUUCAGGCUGAGAGCUGAGAAGACCCGAGGAGCAGAUGGCUACCACUGGCCUUGAACUCCUCGGCAUGACCCUGGCUGUGCUAGGCUGGCUAGGAACUUUGGUGUCCUGUGCCCUGCCACUGUGGAAGGUGACCGCUUUCAUCGGCAACAGCAUCGUUGUGGCUCAAGUGGUAUGGGAGGGGCUGUGGAUGUCCUGUGUGGUCCAGAGCACUGGCCAGAUGCAGUGCAAAGUAUACGACUCACUGCUGGCACUGCCCCAGGACCUGCAGGCAGCCAGAGCCCUCUGUGUCGUGGCCCUCCUGCUGGCUUUGCUGGGCCUGCUGGUGGCUAUCACGGGCGCCCAGUGCACCACGUGUGUGGAGGACGAAGGUGCCAAGGCCCGUAUUGUACUCACCGCAGGGGUCCUCCUCCUCCUCUCGGGCAUCCUGGUGCUCAUCCCUGUCUGCUGGACAGCCCAUGCCAUCAUCCAGGAUUUUUAUAACCCACUGGUUGCCGAAGCCCUCAAGAGAGAACUGGGGGCUUCCCUCUACCUGGGCUGGGCUGCUGCUGCACUGCUCAUGCUAGGGGGAGGGCUCCUCUGCUGUACAUGUCCCCCAGCACACUUUGAGCGUCCCCGCGGCCCCAGGCUGGGCUACUCCAUCCCUUCCCGUUCAGGUGCUUCGGGACUGGAUAAGAGGGACUAUGUGUGAGGCUGAGGCUUCUUCCAGAAGCUUCCACCUGCGGCUUCAUGCCCUGCAUUGGGCUACAUCCUUAUAUCUCAUCAAAUCCAUGCGCCUGCGAAGCUCACUUAUUGGCCAGGACUUGGCUCUUGGGGAUCUCAGCUGGUCUGGCUUGAGCUAACCCUCUGUAGUGGUUGCAACCCAGAUACUGGGUACCCUGCUUAUCGCUGCCUCCCAGGAUUUUGCUGUGGUUUGCUCUCCUGGACUUUCUUACUCUGGAACCUGGACCUCAGCCUCCUUGCCUUCAAAGUAAGAUGUGGACUGUGACCUAAUACUGAGGCUUUAGCUGGUCAAGUCUAGCCCAAGCACCACCUGAAUCCAAGUUACCCAGCCCCCUACCCUACCUGGGAAUAAAAGCACAUUGUAACUGA